GCGAACGAGUCAUUCGUUCGCAAUAAGUUGGAGGGGGGGGUGGUUCUGGGGGGGGCGGUGGUUCAGGGGGGUCAUAUUUUAUCCCUGUUUCCGAUGUUGAGAUGGCCAAGCUGAGGAGGGCCUCAUGCGUUUGGAAAUACGUUACGCUGGGGCAACCGGUAGGGUCGUGGGAGAAGAUGCACGGCGACCACAAGUUGCGAUGCAACUUGUGCAAGCACCUGUGGCAGGGGAACCAAUCGAAGGCCGCGAGGCACUUCUGCCAGUUGAAGAAGUGCCGUGUUGCGCAGUUUGACGUGCUCGUUGACAUUUGGAACGGCACAGACUACAGAUUCGAUGACCGACAUCACGCAUCCAUUCGCACAUACAUGGAGGAGCACGGCAUCAGAGACUCCCGAGCAGUUGGUGGAGGUUGUACAGGAGCGGAUCCUUGCACUGCAGGCAGGGACGACGUGCAGGACGUGCUUGACAAGAUGGAGGAGCGGGAGGGGGUGGAGUUGCCAGGGGAGGAGGUCGUGAUGACGUCGCGUGGGGAGGACCCUGAGACCCGAAAGGGGAAGAGGCCGAUGGGGGAGACCGACCAGGCAGCGACCCGACCGGGGAAGAGGGCCCACCAGUCCAAGAUCGACGAGGUCUACACUGCGGACAAGCAAUCGUUCGUCAACGACAAGUUUCUGCAGUGGAUUUAUAACUCUGGCAUUCCGUUCAACGCGUUUAGGAGGCAAUCGUGGAGGGAGGUCUGGAAGGCGGCGGAUCAGCUGCCUAGAGGAGUGCGGAUGCGAUUUCCUGCCUUUAAGGAAAUCGGUGGAGAUGGAGUGCCCGAGCAGAGGGCGAAGGUGGCAGCUUUAUUACGGGAGGUCCGAGAACGCGAUCCGCUGGAGGCGAUGUUGCAUGACGACGCCUGGGCGAGUAUCCCUUGGGAGCGAAGACUGCUACCCCAGGCGAGAUGGGUGCGUCUCCAGAUUCGAGAUGGCGAGUUCUGGCGCUAUGUUGAGUUCUUGAUUCUUGUGAUGGAGCCCAUCCAUCAGCUGCUGAGGUGGAUGGACAGAGGAGGGAUGAUGAUCUCCAUCGUCUACGAGUGGAGCCGUCAUCUCGUUCAGCUUCUGACGAAGCUGGACGUCGUGCCGGCCGAUCUUCUGACCCCGUGCGUGCGAGAGGUCAGGAUGCGGCUCAUGCACUUGUUGGAGUCGCGCUGCCGCUCAUCUCCUAAACCCCCGUCGUCGGUCUUUGAGCUGGUUGAGAUCACGACAAAUCUCAAACUCGCUUCAUGCAGGCAGCAGGGUGGCGGCUAUGUGCUUCCGUGGGUGAUGGAUGGUGUCGACAUCGAGAGACGGCUGCCGGGCGAGAACGAGGACGGCGGUGACCCCGAGCCUGACGUGUGGGGGGCCAAACCUGUUGGUACGUUCACCAACUGGGAGAUAAGGAGGCAGAUCGAUGUUUUUCGCAAGGAGGACACAAGCCGUCCUCGAGAGGUUUCUGCCGUAUUCGGGGAUCAGGCGGCCACUGUGCUCCCUUUCGACCAUGUGCCUCCUCCCCCGUCCCGGGGAGCAGGAGAGGGUUCCGCGGCAGUCGCUGAGGACGGAGAGGACGAUUGGACGGACACAGAGGAUCUGGCGGGGGGCACAGACAGGAGGACGGAGCAGGUGUACUUCGCGUACGGGGGCGGGUCGGACGGGUAUGCGCCGCGGACGUCCGUCAUCACGGCCGAUGUCGCCGGCGGGGCACAAGGUAGCGCCACUCGACACCCUCCAGCGGGUCGAGGUCGUGGCGCCGUUGCUCGCGACGUUCACCCCCGCGCGAGGAGAGUUCUAGGGGUGGAAUCGAGUGACGAGGACGAGGGCAUGGCACCUCACGCUGACCGCCUGUGGGACCCUCGGUUCGAUCCGAUCCACCACUCCAGGGAGCAUUCAGAGCAGCUUCGUCGGUCACACAGGUUGAAAAGCGUAGCGUUCCGGCGUCCCAGCAGCCUCAGGACAUACCGACCGGAUUACAGUACGGAUGUGAGGGAGAGGGAAGAGACUGUUGAGGAGAGGGAUGCUCGCCUGAAUCGCGAGGAGGAGGCACUGUUACAGUCCAUGCCUCGAUGGGAGGGCAGAGAGGCGUAUGAGGCCGAGCAGCGGAGGCAGAGGGAGUUAGAGACGAUAGGAGCGGGUCCGCCAUCAAGCGUCGGACGUAUUCCGACUUCUGACACGAUGCAGCCCGCCUCUGGGCCCUCUCAUGUUGCAGAUGUGCCAUGCGAGGGUGGUCAUGUCGGGGGUAUCGAGACAGUUGGGGCAGACACAGGAGCGGAGAGCUCCGACGACGGCGAGGAGUGUGCGGCCGUCGAGGCUAUCGUAGACGACGUCGUGAUUGGCAUAUGCGCGGCAGGCACAAAUGUAGGGACUCAUGGAGGGGAGGAGGGGAUGGUGGACGAGGGCAGUGUGCCUUUGCCUCAGGAGGAGUUGGUGGACGAGGGGAGUGUUCCUUUGCCUCAGGAGGAGUUGGUGGACGAGGGGAGUGUUCCUUUGUCUCAAAAGGAGUUGGACGAGGGCGAUUUGGCUUUGCCUGAUGUGAAGUUGGUGGACGAGGGUAGUGUCCCUUUGGAGGGCAGUGUGCCUUUCGAGGCUUUCGUUGAUGGCGCGGUAGAGGAUGACGAGGAGGGAGUAGGGGUCGACGCAGGCCACAGUGCCCCGUUCGUGCGAGAUGGCGUGACCGGAGGGGAUGUUGAGGAGGAGGGAGCAGCCAUCGACAUGUCCCUCGCGAUUAUUGUUAGGCCCCCGUCGGUGCGAGAUGUCGAGAGAGGAGGGCAUAUUGACUCGGGCGGGCYGGGCUCUUUCUCCACARGUGGGCAUUUCRGGGAGAUGCCUCAGUGGGAUGGCGGGGAACCGGGGGAGUGCACUCCAACCCCAUUACAUCCRGAGCAGCUAGAGAGGUUGGGGACGGAGGACCCUUUCCCGUUCACCGGUGGUCAGCCCUCGCCUCCCCCGUGGGCUCCAGUGAGCCCUAUGUGGACUGGAUCAUCGCAGUCUGACAUCCGCGAGCGGGAGUCUUUGGAGAGACAGGCGGCAGUGUUUUCAGGCGGGCCUGGCAGCAGCCAUGCGCAGCCACUGACGCGCCCUGUAUCUCGAGCAUCGCAGCAGGGAUCAGCACCGGCUGCAGGUCUUCCACCGAUUGGAGGUCAAGGCAGUGGGCGGGGAUCUUCGUCGAGUCAUUGAGCCUUGCAGCCUCUUACACAAGUCUCACAUCUCAAAAUUAUGAAGGGAUUAUCGAACCUUGUCACUUUACAUAAUCUGUCUCUCACAAAUGAAAUUCUUGUUACUGA